UGACGUGAAGACGCCGCUGCGCUGUGAGUCUGUGGGCAGGAAGCGCGUGCGAGAGAGCGAGCGCGUUGAUCACACUCCCUGCGCAGGGAACAGCAGGGUUUGAACAUGUCACAUUUCUGAUGCUGUGGCACGGUCGAAUACCCAUACAUUAUCACCCAAAGAACAGAUCGUGCAAGCCAACCCCCCAGAAUCCUUAGACCGGGGUCGAAAACGGCAUUCGGAGAGUGGUGGAGCGGCUUGCAGUUUGAGCACAUCGGGGUGGCCAGCGUGUAGGAAGCGCAGUCGAGAAGAAGGCAAGGGGGAGAGUGACUGUUUUCAGAAGCCAUGAGAGAAUACAAAGUAGUCGUGCUGGGCUCUGGCGGAGUGGGGAAAUCAGCACUGACCGUGCAGUUUGUAACUGGAUCAUUUAUAGAAAAAUACGAUCCAACGAUCGAAGAUUUCUAUAGAAAGGAGAUAGAAGUGGAUUCGUCGCCCUCGGUACUGGAAAUCUUGGACACGGCGGGGACCGAACAGUUCGCUUCCAUGAGAGAUCUGUAUAUAAAAAACGGGCAGGGCUUUAUUUUGGUCUACAGCCUGGUGAACCAGCAGAGCUUUCAGGAUAUCAAACCAAUGAGGGAUCAAAUCAUCCGAGUGAAAAGGUACGAGCGGGUGCCCAUGAUCUUAGUGGGGAACAAGGUGGAUUUGGAAGGCGAGAGAGAGGUCUCCUCCGUGGAAGGCAAGGCUCUGGCGGAGGACUGGAAUUGUCCGUUCAUGGAAACUUCAGCCAAAAAUAAAGGCUCGGUGGACGAACUGUUUGCAGAGAUUGUUAGACAAAUGAACUAUGCUUCAGCGCCAAAUGGGGAAGACCAGUGCUGCUCUUGUGCUAUUCUUUAAGGUCAUUUUAUUUUUUCAUAUAGUAUGGUUGGGUGACUGACUAAUAAUACAACUGAAAAAACUACGGCAGGAUCGGAAGCUAAAAGUUUGCCUAAACCAACAAAACUAAAUUUAAGUGUAAAAAAGUUGACUGUCGUCAGUAUUUGAAAGUGUCCUGCUGUCUUGCACACUCCUAUUACAAAAAGACAAUUAUUUAAAAAUAAGUGUUUACAUGGCAGAAUACUUGAAUGUCUCUGGAUAUUAAGAAACAUACAAUCAAAUGAACAUUUUCCAUUUUGAAAACGUUGUCCGGUGCCUACACGGGGAUAUUUCAUUUAACAUGUAAACAGACCAACACGUUUUCUCCUGUUUCUUUUUGGGGAGGGUGAGGCGCGUAUUCGUGACUUGUGUAGAAUCCCGGACAUCUACUGGGUGAACGACAGCAAGGGGAGGAAGUGCUUUUCCGAAGCAUCCCUCCUCUGGUGAUUCCCGGAUAUGGAUAGCUCUUCUGGAAAUCGGCUUGGCUGCAGUGCUUGUCGCACUCAAAACUUUUCAAACUGCUGUCUGCAAGCCCAGUGUGGCGGACCUUGAACUUUAGUUUUAUCCUGCACUCUGAACAAGAACUAGACCAACCAUUGGAGGUCGGCGUGAACGUUUAUGUAAAGAGAAGGAAUUACGAUAAAGCAAAAGUUAUAUUUGUACCAGCUGCAUACCUUUUUGGAAUACAAAUGAUAUUUUCCAUUCGCGAAACGUAAAUUGAAAAGUUUUGUUUUAUUUUUAAUCCUGCUGGUGAAGUUAAAAUAUGAAACUUAAGCUUCCGCUGACUACGAGUGCCACCCUCCCUUCCGCUUGCUGGAGGACCUUACGUUACUGUCGUGACGUGGGGACUUCGACAACCCCCUCCCCUUAACGUCAAGUGCCUUCCAACAGUCAGCUGUUCUGCUUUAGUGCCAACCCGAGAGAGUAUCCACAAGAAUUUCAUAAAAUGGCGAGGACAGACUACUGAACCCAUUCACUUUGGUUGAUCUCAUUGAGGGGUGGGGGUAAUCGAGGCAAAAAGGUCUAUUGUUACUGGAGUUUUCCUCUGUUUGAAAUAUCUACCUUUCAGUAUGGCAUUUGAAAUGUAAGUUGUGUGUCUGGCCAAGGUUUGGUCUACAUUCAGAUAAAAACAAUUCCCAGGUACUGUUUUAACCCCGGGCUUAACAAUACCAAACCACUUCUCUUCCUUGGCCAGCUGGGAAUUAAACAAAAAAUGUUGUUUUUAUUUCUGUUUUAACAAAAUGUGAUGUACCAUAGAAAUUCUAACCUGAUUGUAAUUAUGAUUUCA